AUGUCUUCCAAGUCGCAAUUGACUUAUGCUGCUCGAGCCAGCAAGCACCUCAAUCCUCUGGCAAAGCGACUCUUUGAGAUUGCCGAAGCAAAGAAGACGAACGUCACCGUCUCCGCUGAUGUGACGACUACCAGAGAGCUCCUGGACCUCGCCGAUCGUCUCGGUCCCUACAUUGCCGUCAUCAAGACACACAUCGAUAUCCUCUCCGAUUUCAGCAUCGAUACUAUCAACGGCCUGAAUGUGCUGGCUAAGAAGCACAACUUCCUGAUCUUCGAGGACCGCAAAUUCAUCGAUAUCGGCAAUACCGUCCAGAAGCAAUACCACGGCGGUGCUCUGAGAAUCUCCGAAUGGGCCCACAUUAUCAACUGCAGCGUUCUGCCCGGCGAGGGUAUCGUCGAGGCUCUGGCCCAGACCGCAUCCGCGCAAGACUUCCCCUACGGUCCUGAGAGAGGACUCUUGAUCCUGGCAGAGAUGACCUCCAAGGGAUCGCUGGCUACUGGCGAAUAUACCAAGGCGUCAGUUGACUACGCCCGCAAAUACAAGAACUUCGUCAUGGGAUUCGUGUCGACGCGGGCCCUGACGGAUGUGCAGUCGGAUGUAUCUUCGGCCUCGGAGGAGGAAGAUUUCGUGGUCUUCACAACGGGUGUGAACCUCUCCUCCAAGGGAGAUAAGCUUGGACAGCAAUACCAGACUCCUGAAUCGGCCAUUGGACGAGGCGCUGACUUUAUCAUCGCCGGUCGAGGGAUCUAUGCUGCUUCCGACCCUGUUGAGGCCGCGCAGCGGUACCAGAAGGAGGGCUGGGAAGCUUAUAUGGCCAGAGUGGGGGGCAAGUCAUGA